AUGCCGAAUCAACGAUCAUACCGACAGAGGUCAGCGUCGGUACCUCACACCCGACUGCUGCAAUCAUUACCUCCCGUACCUCUCCCUCUCGACGACAUUCGUCCUCGACUGCAAAUCGUCCCUUAUCGAGAUGACCCGGAAGCCGCAGAACGAGAGGUGGUGCGAAUAGACGGCGCAACACCACGACCAUCAGAUCCCCCCGAGUACCAACCAAUGUACGACUACCUCCGCUCCAAACAAGUCACCAGUGCUCAUCCUCCAGCCUACGGCACGUCGCCCUCCUCAAGCUUCCUGCCAAUGGUCACCGAAGCACCGCCAUCGCUGGAGGAACCGUAUCGCGAUGAAUCAUUCGUGAUUACCAUUGAUUCGUCCCCGCCUCCUCCUUCGUACCACGAGAUAUACCGCCAGCAUGAGAUUGACAUGGAUAACAUGCAGCGGGCACUGGAUUCGGAAAGCGACCCGGCGGAACAGACGGAGGAUAUAUACAAAUGGAUUGUUGCGAUGCUGUUGAUUGUCUUGACUGUGUCUUGUGUUGGGACUGCGUUCAAUUGGGGAAGACCCUACUAG